UUGAAGAAGCGCCAUUUUCGGCGUUGUCAUACAGCAUGUCGCUAAUGUUUAUGACACAAUAAGAACGAAUUUCAGUGUUUGUUAUUAUACGUUAGCUUUCCAAGUACUAUCUGAAAGAUGGGGCGAAAGAAGAAGAAGCAGAUGAAGCCAUGGUGCUGGUAUUGUAAUCGAGAUUUCGAUGAUGAAAAGAUUCUCAUCCAACAUCAAAAGGCCAAACAUUUUAAGUGCCAUAUAUGUCACAAGAAGUUGUACACUGGUCCAGGGCUGGCAAUCCACUGUAUGCAGGUUCACAAAGAGACCAUUGACGGGGUCCCCAAUGCCAUACCUGGAAGGGUAGACAUAGAAUUGGAAAUCUAUGGCAUGGAAGGAAUUCCAGAGAAGGAUAUGCAGGAGAGGAGACGGACAUUAGAACAAAAACAGGAGAGCCAGAAGAAGAAGCAGAAUCAGGACGACUCUGACGAGGAUGACGACGAUGAUGAUGCUCCAGGCCCUUCGUUCGUUCAGCAGCAGAUGCCUGCUGCCCAGCCCCAGGCUAGCUAUGUCCCUCCCAUGGCCCAGCCAGGCAUCCCCCCCGGGGCCAGGGCUCCAGGCAUGCCACCAGGAGCUUACUCAGGAAUGCCCCCUAUGAUGCCAGGUCACGGUGUCCCGCCUAUGAUGCAUGGGAUGCCCCCUGGUAUGCACGGAAUGCCACCAGGCAUGAUGCAUGGGAUGGGAGGGAUGAUGCCUCCAAUGAUGCAAGGGAUGCCUGGUAUGCCGCCAGGAAUGCCACCACACAUGGGUCACCGUCCUGGUAUGCCCCACAUGGCCCAGGUCCCCACUCCGGCAGGGAUGCCCCGACCUGCCGCAGCAGCCCCUGCUGCCGUCAGCAAGCCCCUGUUCCCCAGCGCAGUACAGGCCCAGCAGAGUGCCUCUGGAGCUGUGCCCCACAGCGCGCCCUCCACCUCCUCUGACCCUCCCAAAGCAACAUUCCCCGCCUACACCCAGUCCUCUGCCUCCUCAUCCUCCUCUAAUCCCCCUAGUAACACUGUGGCCAAGCCCCCCGCCACAGUGACCAAUAAGCCAGCCACCCUCACCACCAUGAGUGCAACCAGUAAGUUGAUCCACCCUGAUGAGGAUAUCUCACUGGAGGAGCGACGGGCUCAGUUGCCCCGGUACCAGCGUAACGUGCCCAGGCAGGGGCAGGUUCACAUGUCUGCCCCUCCUGUGGCGGCCGUGGGCGGCAUGAUGCCCCCACAGCAGGGCAUGCCUCCGCAGCAGCCUGGCAUGAGGCACCCCAUGCACGGUCAGUAUGGUGGUCCCCCCCAGGGCAUGCCUGGCUACAUGCAGGGUGGGAUGCCUCCGUAUGGGCAGGGCCCUCCGAUGGGAUACCAAGGAGGGCCUCCCAUGGGCAUGCGGCCCCCCGUCAUGUCUCCUGCGGGACGAUACUGAAGCAGUCGCAACGACCUGACCCCUCACUAGGUUUGGAGGUUAAACCUUUUCUCACCUUGUGCUUUUUAAAACUAGCCCAAGCCAAUGAGCUGUAAGACCAACCAGUGAUGGUGAAGAAAAGUAUUGAUGAAAAAAAAUAUAUAUACGCAGCACACGGACAUUUAACAUGACAUCUUUAAUGGGGAAAAACAUAGAAACAACAAAACACACAAAACAACUUGAUGAUAAUGACAACUUUGUCGUUGUGCAGAUUUGAUACAUGUAUGGUGUUUUUCUUAUGUUUCACUCAGGUUUGUAGAAGUGAAGUGUGUUAAAUAUGGUUCAUAUUGUUUUGACUGCUCGCUGCUGGAGUAACAUGAUCGUAUCGCCCUCCCCUUACAAAAAGGCAAGUUUCCUGUAAAUAUAUGAUUUUCUGUUGUGUAGAGUAAGUCGGUGACGAGGCCCUCACAGCACACUUGUGUGUUGUUGGACGCCCUGUCCCCAACCGUAUGGUUGGUGAGGGUCCUCCUUUAUGAUGACGAUUCCAACUGUUUAGUAGUUUACCACCAGAUCUAUGGAUUAUUAUUAUUAUCUAUCAGUCUCUAGCUUCAUUCUUAUUUCAGGUUUAUUCCAUGAUCAAAAGGGUAACUUGUUUGAAUUUAUUCUCUGUACUGUUUUAAACAAUCUAUGUUGUAAUAAAACUCACUUAAAAUCCAA